CGAUUACGGUACACGAAGCAUUCGAAGCUCUCCGAUAGGCGACACUAAUCGGAAUCGUUUUUAGUCGAAUUAAUAGCUAUAUAUUUUGUAUUAAUCUAGUUUAGAUGAAUCUUUUCAUAAAAGAUUGUUAAUCGACACGAGGUGAAACGGGUUGGUUUGCGAUUGAGAUUGGUUUUACCCACAAAGCCACAAAGAUGAAAUCGUUCCAAGUGUGGAGUAUCGUUUUGCUUCACGUAGCGCUGAUUUUGCUGGUGCAGCAAGUCUCAGCGGGUAGGGAUUUCUACCAAAUUCUGGGCAUCCGGAAGACCGCUGCCAAGAACGAGGUCAAGAAGGCAUACAGAAAACUAGCCAAAGAACUUCACCCCGACAAGAACCAAGACGAUCCCGAAGCGUCCCAGAAGUUUCAGGACCUUGGUGCCGCCUACGAGGUACUGUCUGACGAUGACAAACGCAAACUGUACGACCGAUGUGGAGAGGAAUGCGUCAAGAAGGAAGGCAUGAUGGACAACACGGAUCCAUUCGCGCACUUUUUCGGCGAUUUUGGCUUCGGAUUCGGUGGCCAGGAGCAGCGAGAAACCCCACGGGGAGCUAACAUUGUGAUGGACCUGUUUGUGACGCUUGAAGAACUGUACAACGGUAACUUUGUGGAGAUAACCCGAAACAAGCCAGUGAUGAAACCGGCACAAGGUACACGUAAGUGCAAUUGCCGGCAGGAGAUGGUCACGCGGAAUUUGGGACCCGGUCGGUUCCAGAUGAUGCAGCAAACCGUCUGCGAUGAGUGUCCGAAUGUGAAGCUGGUGAAUGAGGAACGGACAAUUGAAAUCGAAAUUGAGCAGGGUAUGGAAGAUGGACAGGAGACGAAAUUCUCCGGAGAGGGUGAGCCACAUAUCGAUGGCGAUCCGGGAGAUUUGAUACUGAAGAUCAGAACGGUGCCACAUCAGAGGUUUGAACGACGGGGUGAUGAUCUGUACACCAACGUAACGAUUAGCUUACAGGAUGCUCUGGUUGGGUUCACAAUGGAAAUUAACCAUUUGGACGGCCAUAAGGUUCCCAUAACGCGGGAAAAGGUCACGUGGCCCGGAGCUAGGAUUCGCAAGAAUGGCGAAGGUAUGCCAAACUAUGAGAACAACAACCUCCGAGGAACUUUGUACAUUUCGUUCGACGUAGAGUUCCCCAAGACGCAACUCAGUGACACUGAAAAAGAAGACAUCAAAAAUCUACUGAAUCAACCCUCCAUCAAUCGGGUGUAUAAUGGGCUACGAUUCUCGUAAUUCCACGCGGCGCUUGGAUCGCAACCAACAAGACUUUAGAAGCACUAGCAUAAAUUGACAUAAAAUGCAACAAAUUGAUCGCCGUAGUGAAAACUCUAUCCUAUCUAUAUUUAUUAACCAGAACCCAAAUGGCAUUCGGUGGCAAUGUCAGUGACAAAUAUUAGAUUUGGAGGCU